UCUUCAGGAACAUUCUUAGUUAUCUGCCUCGGAACCUCCGAAUUUUAUAAUCUUAUAGGUAGAAGUGAAGAAAAAAUCAGUAAAAUUUCUGAGAAUUUGAGUGGGUGAAAUGGCAGCAGCAUCAGCAACUACUCUCUCAGUUGGUUCCGCUACAUCCUUUGGCUCCAUAGCGAGCCCAAAAUUACAAUCAAAAGCCUUCAUUGUGAAAUACAAUACCAGGAACUACCUUAGGAAUUUCAGUGGCCUUAAGGCAGAGGCAUUUGUACGAUGUGAAUCCGAGUCGUCAUUUCUAGGAAAUGAAAGUGUUGCAGCUCUUCGACAAUCCAUUACUCCUAAAGCCCGAAACGAAAAGCAGAGAUCUUGGAACCAUGUUCAGCCCCAAGCAUCUUAUAAAGUGGCUGUUCUUGGAGCCUCUGGCGGUAUAGGCCAGUCUCUAGCUCUUCUGAUUAAGAUGUCGCCGCUAGUAUCAUCGUUGCACCUUUAUGAUAUUGCAAAUGUCAAAGGAGUCGCAGCAGAUCUCAGCCAUUGCAACACUCCCGCUCAGGUUUUUGACUUUACGGGAGCUUCUGAGUUGGCCAAUUCUUUGAAAGGUGUAGACGUAGUUGUCAUACCAGCUGGCGUUCCGAGAAAGCCUGGUAUGACACGAGACGACUUGUUCAACAUUAAUGCUAAUAUUGUGAAAGGCUUGGUUGAGGCUGUUGCUGACAACUGCCCAGAUGCCUUUAUCCACAUUAUCAGCAAUCCAGUCAACUCCACAGUGCCGAUUGCUGCCGAGGUUCUGAAGCAAAAGGGUGUUUAUGAUCCUAAAAAACUCUUUGGUGUUACCACCCUGGACGUUGUCAGGGCAAACACGUUCGUCGCGCAGAAGAAAAACCUGAAACUCAUAGACGUUGACGUCCCCGUGAUUGGUGGGCACGCAGGGAUAACAAUUCUGCCUUUGCUGUCAAAGACAAGACCAUCAACUACUUUCACCGCAGAAGAAGUGCAGGAACUAACCGUGAGGAUCCAAAAUGCUGGGACCGAGGUCGUUGAGGCAAAGGCUGGAGCAGGAUCUGCAACACUGUCAAUGGCAUAUGCAGCAGCUAGAUUUAUCGAAUCCUCACUUCGUGCCCUUGAUGGUGAUGCUGAUGUUUACGAGUGUUCUUACGUGCAAUCUGACUUGACGGAACUUCCAUUCUUUGCAUCAAGAGUUAAACUAGGAAGGAAUGGCGUCGAGGCUUUGAUUUCAUCUGAUCUCCGUGGAUUAACUGAGUAUGAACAAAAGGCAUUGGAAGCUCUAAAGCCAGAGUUGAAAGCUAGCAUUGAGAAAGGGAUAACUUAUGCUCAAAAACAAACAGUGACUGCUUAGAGGAGAGUUUAAUUUAGAUAAAUUUUAGGAAAGAUUAUCAACAUUACAAUUUUGUACGGUUCAAUUUACUAGGUCCUUCAUUCUUUUUAUUGGUUUGAACUCAACUAGUGUUUUGUUAUUGCUUCCUUUUCAUCUCUA